AUGAAACCGACAGCCUCGGGUGAGCAUCCUACCGAUCGCAUCCGUUCCGGUCUACGUUCCAGUCCUGUUGCUGAUUUCUUCUUCCCACACCACGUACCCACCAGCGACCACUCGAAGCGCAAGAUCCGAGAGAUGCUCGCCGACCACUUUGACGUGGACCUCGAGCACAGGAAGAAGACCAUCAACCAAAUGGUCGACGAGCAGAACGCACUCGUCAGUGCAAAAGUCAAUUCAGCAGCAGCGGGAAGCUCCACUUCUGCUGCAUCGUCGUCGAAGAAGACGGGCAAGUCGGAAACUUCUCCGAAAGCCAAGGCUGCGAAAUCCGGGUCGAAGCGCAAGAAAGCUUCUUCCGACGUAGAGGACGACGAGGAAGGGGACGAAGACGAAUCGUACAACGACAAUGCUGUCGCUGCCGCUGCUUCCACCUCUGCCAGCUCCGAAAUCGACUCCGACAGCGACACGACCGAAGCAGAGCAGUUCAGCGAGUUGGAAGAAGACACCUCUCACCAAUCACGCAAAAAACCCAAAAAGUCCAGCUCGAAAUCCACCACCACCACCAAAAAAUCUUCUCCAACACGCCAGCCCUCUUCGUCCUCGACCAAAUUUACCUCCGCCUCUGGCGGGAGCGAAGCAGAACAACGCCUCACCCGGCUCAAAAAGCUCGUGACGGAGUGUGGAGUUCGCAAACAGUGGAAAAAGCUCUACCUCGAAGCUGGUGUGGGAGAGAAGGACUUCAAAGCCCAAUGCAACGUCGUCCAGUCAGUACUCAAGGAUCUGGGUAUGACGGGGAAAGGGUCGGUCGAACAAGCGCGCAAGAUCAGAGAGGAGAGAGACUUUGCCGACGAACUCGCCGCUCUGCAGGAAAAUGAAGUCUUGGGUCGCAGCACAAGAGGUGCCAGAAAAGCCACGGGAAGAGCCUCGAUGAAGGAAGCAGACGACGAUGACAAGGCGAGCGACUUUGAAGAGGCGUCAACGAAGAAAGCUCGCCGAACAAAAGUCGUUGCAGACGACAAAGAUAGUGAAGACGAAGGUCCGCGAAAGAAGACGUUCAAAUCAUCUCUGGCGAGCUUCGCUGCGGACCUCAACUCUGAUUCCGACUAG